AUUGUAAGUUGUUUUGUGUUUAAAAAAGAAAAAAAAAUUCCGUCUAGAUCACUAGCAAAAAUUAUGGAAGAAAUUGAACGAGUAAGAACGAGAUUUUUAGUAUUACAAAAAAGAUUAAAAACUGAACGCCUAUUCGUAAAAAAUGAAAAGGAGCAACUUCGAAUAUUAAAUGAAAAAGUUGGAAGUCUUAGUCAAAACUUGUUUUAUUUAGAGUGGAAAACUAGACAGCAAUGGUUAAAUGUUGAUCGAUUAGUCUGGGGAGGUAGAGCCAAUCCUUCAGAAUGUAGUGUAACUUCUAGAAUAAUUGAAACAGCAAAGUUUGAAGAUGCUUCCAAUUAUUUGAGUUACGAAGAUUAUAAGUAUGGGCAUUUUCUUCUCUGUUUGAAAGAAAACCCUCGCCUUAUUGCGUUAAUACUAAACUAUUGCGAUACGAAACGUAUACAAAACAGUACAAUGCAACUUGUAAAGUUGUUUCUGUCCUCAUUGUAUGGAAGUUGUAUUCAACAAGUUGAUGAAGUUUUAGUAUUAAAAAUCCUAAAAGAAUUAAUGAUAUUGCAAGUAUUUCCUUGUGAGGACUUAUUAGAUUUUUUCUGCGGAAAGAGAUCAACUGAUAAUGCUUUUGCUUGCGUUAUGACUAUUUUUUCAGGGUCUCUUUUUUCAUCUAAGCUAUAUUUAACAGCUGCAUUGCAUGGAUCGGUAAUGCAAGUUAUUGUUGAUGAUUCAAUAUUUCUAGAUGUUGAGGUUUCAAAAGCUUUGUGUCGAAUUGCUCCAAAAGUAGCAGUAGAAAAAUUUGGUCGCCCUGGAACUGUUGAGGCUCAUAAUAAAACUAAACAGCACAUGAAUAUGUUACACAAUCAUUUAAUCCAUCUGUGUAAAAAAUUUUUAAAAAACCUUGUAGACAAAGUUUAUUGCUUUCCUCAAAGUUUGUGUUGGGCAAUUGGGCAAUUGUACCAAGGGAUGGUUCAAAAAAUGAAACUUCCUCAGGCGAAUGCCAAAGCACUUAUUGGACACAUUAUCAUGAGUUAUUUUAUAUGUCCUGCUAUUAUAAACCCUGAACCUUAUGGUAUUAACUCUGAUGCUGAUAUAAGUGAAACUGCUAGGCAUAACCUGGGGCAAGUUGCUAGUAUUCUAAGAUCUUUAGCAUUGUUAGAAUGUGGACUAAAAGAUGAAAAGUUAACAAAUAUAUUAGAAAAUUUUGAUAAGGGAGUGAUCAGUGAAUAUAUUUCAGCUCUGAUUGAUGGAUCUGAAAAAGUUGACAUAGAACAGCUUGAUGACGCUAUGAUCAUUAAGUGCUCAUUGCUAAUGUCUGAGCAUGACCUUAAAACUAUGAUCAAGUGUUUAUUGUUGUUGGAAACAUAUAAUAUUCCCAUUCUUAAUGAAGAAGGUUAUACCGAGCUUUUAGAUAAUCUUCCUACAUUUCCACAACACUGGGCCAAUGAGUUUCCACAUCAUUCAAAAUCUGCUGUUUCAACUUCUUUGCUUAUCGAAGAAAAAGUUCAGGGUCAAAUAAAGCUUGAUAACACGCAACAACUUGAAGUAUUACGCAAUGACUUAAAUAAAAUUAUAUCAGAAGAAAUCCCCAUAUUAAUAAUACCAAUUAAAAUGGAGUCUGACGAUAUUCCAGGAAUGCUUUCAGAGGAAAUGGUGCUAGGGAAAAAAGACACUUAUACUCCAAGUUUUGAUAUAGAAACAACAGAAAAAGAUCAAAGCCGAAGAACAUCUACAUUGAUGCUGGGAGCACUUAGAGAAUCAUUAAUUGAUACCGGUAGUAAUGAAGACUUAUCUAGUGGUUCAGAAACUUCCUCCAAGUCAUAUAAUAUUAAGCCGAAAGAAAAUAUAAUUUUUUCAGAUGAAGUAGAAGCUUUUUUUGGUUCCGGCAAAAAACCAGAUAAGAGCUGUAAUGAGGUAAUAGUUGUUAAUAACUUGAUAAAUAUUGAUGACUGUGAAGAAUCGCCAAAACUUCCUGAAAAACGCCAUCAAAGAUUGUCUAAUGAUGGAAAGAACUUAAACAGCAUCUUAAUAGAUCAUCCACAAACAUUGAACGACACAUUUAUUGAUAUAAAAGAACAGCCAUUAUUGCAUAUUGAGCAUUCUGUUUUAAAAGAAGACUCAACGAGUACAAAAGGAAAUCGUAAUAGCUCUGUAUCUUUAUUUGAUGGACCUGGUGGAAUUAAUGCUAUUUUACAAGGAGCAACUGUACAAUCUUUACCUAACUCCCUAGGUGUAAGUAGUAAUGAGUUAGAAAAUUUUUGGCUGCCAAUAGUAGACAAAAAAUCUGAUCCUUGGGGAAUUCCUAAUCAAAAUACAAAUAAUGAAGAAAAUCAUUUAUUUGAGAAUUCAUUCACAAGUUUAUCAAAAUAUUCUUCUUUACCAAAUAAAGCAAACUAUUCUGUUGACAAAAAUUAUGCUAAUUACAGUGAAACUAUCCAAAGAGAAGUUAAAAAUCUUAAGCAAAACAAAGAUGAUAUUGACUUAAGUCAAUCACCUACUGAUAAUAAAUUUCUUCGCAAAAAGUCUCACGGUGGAUGGUUAAAGGACAAAAUAUCAAGUAAAAUUAAUACCGGGUUAACAGGAUUAAAACAUAUAAAAAAAUAUGAUAAUGUUUUGAAAAAAGAAGUUGAUUCACAAACCAUAAAGUUAGGCACACCUUUAGAAGCUUCAGAAGAGUCUCGAAAAAAAACCCAUUCUUUUUCUCGAAAUUCAAAGCUAGCCUCUGAAGAUGCUGGUGAAGCUAUUCUUGCAAAAUACAGAUCAAUGGCAUCCUUACCAGUGUCACAUGAUGCUGAUUCCAAUUUUAGCUCUUCCCCAAUGUCAAGUCAUAUGGAAGGAGCAAUUGAUGUAUACAGAGAAGAGCUGGCUGUUUUUGAUAAUGAGUUUAAAUUUUCAGAUGCUAAAAAAAAAUUGCGUAUGGUUUUGUGUACAACAGAUCAAAUUACACUGCCUAGUAAGGCCACAAGCUUUGAUCAGUUGUUGUUGACAAUGCUGCAGGCAAAACUAGCUGAGGCAAUCAACCUUCAAGAUAGAUUUUCUGUAGCACAAUUGCAUGAAACACUUCGCAGCAUUAAGCAACUACCCCAAGGAAGUUGUGACCAGUUAGUUACACAAUUGGAAGCUGAAUACGAGGAACGAGCAAAAUAUAUUUCAUAUUUGAUCAAAAGUAAACAAGGUUUACUAUCAACUAUAUCUUACUUAGAACAAUUAACUACUAAGUUGCAAAGGGAUAAAACGAUCUGCAGCAAGUAUUUUACAACUUUAGCUGUACGAUUGUUCUUAGAAACGCCUGUCAGAAAACAUCAAAUUGCUGCGUUUUCCCAAAAGUUUGCAUCUAAUAAAAUGCUUGAUGAAAAGUCUGCUCUUUUAAAUGAAUUACUUGAAGAAUUAAAUUCCGAUAUUCUAAAAGAUUCCACAUGGAAGUAUUGUACUGAUGAGCAGUUAUCUGAUGCAGAAAAGGCUAUUGAAAGAGCAAUUAUAAGUCGAAUUUACAAAGAUGCUUUUUAUCCUUUUAGUGCUGCUGACAUUGAAAAUGACAAAAUAUUUCAUGAGAAUAUUAAAGGCUUAGCAAACAUUGUUACUUUAUCACAUCCUACUUUGCAAAUUCCCAAGAUGUAUCAAAAAGAAGCACCUUGGCCAUCAGCUCAAACAGAACUUCUAAUGAUUAAUGCUUAUAAGACUGCUGCUGAUAAGUUAAGUUGCAUUCAUCGUUGUUGUAUAACUAUUAUGAAUUUAUUAAGUAUGGCAUCUGAUAAACAUACUCCUGGAGCUGAUGACUUUGUUCCAGUUCUCGUUUAUGUGGUUUUAAGAGCUAACCCACCUAAUCUUCUCUCAACUAAGCAAUAUGUUAAUACAUUUUAUGAAACAAGGCUUAAUGGAGAAGAGUACUACUGUUGGAUGCAGUUUUGCGCAGCUAUCGAGUUUAUAAAAACUUUACUGUCAUCAUUAUUGAAGUCAAACGCAAAUUAGAAUGUUAUUAGUUGAAUAUUUUAUAUUAUUUUGUUUAGUUUGUGUUUUGGAA